GGUGGUGAGGUCCCGAACUAGGCCGGAAGAGUCUACCAGAAAAAGGAGAUGACUACGUUGUAGCUCGACUGCCUUGUUGGGUUGACGGUAUAUAGUGGUGAGAUAAUUCGUAGUAGCGAAGGGUGAUUGUAAAUGUCUGGUCGACUCAAUUGUUAUACCCUGUCAUUCUUAGCGCAGCCUGCCUCGCUUGCAUGGUGCGCGGGCAUCUAGCCAGAAACCAAACAGCUGCCCCUCCAGAAAACAGCACCGGGUCUCCUGUGCGACUACACUUGCUCUAUUUCCUCCGCAUACCCACUCGAUGACUGCACCUACACACCUCGAUCCCAGCGAGCUGGGAACCAAAUCCUACUGGGACGCGGCCUAUAGCACCGAGCGCCAAAACUUCGCCGCGAACGCAGAGGACGAAGGAACGAUAUGGUUCAGCGACGCGGGUGCCGAGGAGCGCAUGUUAUCUUUUCUUGAGGAUCUCGGCGAUGAAGGCCACGUACACAAAGAAGGCGAUGAGGGCGACAAGAAAGCUGCACGAUUCUUAGACCUGGGAACAGGGAAUGGGCAUCUACUGUUUGCGCUGCGGGAAGACGAGUGGAACGGCGAGAUGGUGGGGGUUGAUUACUCUGCGCAGAGCGUUACGCUUGCGACGUCAAUCCGCGAUGCGAAAGAUGCUUCUUACAAGGACAUUGCGUUUCAUGAGUGGGAUAUCCUGUCGCAGCCACCGGGCGCAUGGUUGGGCUCUGGCUUCGACGUUGUACUGGACAAAGGAACGUUUGAUGCUAUAUGCUUGUCACAAGAAGAAGACGCUCAAGGUCGCAGGAUCUGCGAGGGAUACAGGGAAAAGGUCGAGCCCCUCACGAAGAAGGGCGGCCGAUUUCUCAUAACGAGCUGUAAUUGGACAGAAGAGGAGCUCAAGGGCUGGUUUGGAGGAGGAGAGUUUGAGUUUGAGGGAAAAGUCAAGUACCCCAGCUUUACCUUCGGAGGCAAGACAGGCAGCAGUGUUGUUACGCUCUGCUUCAAGAGGACGUGAUUCCGCGCUUCUUUGCUGGGAGG